AUGUCCACCUCCUACAGUAUCAGCCAACUGUCCACCUCCUACAGUAUCAGCCAACUGUCCACCUCCUACAGUAUCAGCCAACUGUCCACCUCCUACAGUAUCAGCCAACUGUCCACCUCCUACAGUAUCAGCCAACUGUCCACCUCCUACAGUAUCAGCCAACUGUCCACCUCCUACAGUAUCAGCCAACUGUCCACCUCCUACAGUAUCAGCCAACUGUCCAUCUCCUACAGUAUCAGCCAACUGUCCACCUCCAUGCCUAUCCACCUCCUACAGUAUCUUCCAGGCCUAUCCACCUCCUACAGUAUCCUCCAGGCCUAUCCACCUCCUACAGUAUACUCCAGGCCUAUCCACCUCCUACAGUAUCCUCCAUGCCUAUCCACCUCCUACAGUAUCCUCCAUGCCUAUCCACCUCCUACAGUCUCCUCCAGGCCUAUCCACCUCCUACAGUCUCCUCCAGGCCUAUCCACCUCCAGGCCUAUCCACCUCCUACAGUCUCCUCCAGGCCUAUCCACCUCCAGGCCUAUCCACCUCCUACAGUAUCCUCCAGGCCUAUCCACCUCCAGGUCUAUCCACCUCCUACAGUAUCCUCCAGGCCUAUCCACCUCCUACAGUAUCCUCCAAGCCUAUCCACCUCCUACAGUAUCCUCCAGGCCUAUCCACCUCCUACAGUAUCCUCCAGGCCUAUCCACCUCCUACAGUAUCCUCCAUGCCUAUCCACCUCCUACAGUAUCCUCCAGGCCUAUCCACCUCCUACAGUAUCCUCCAGGCCUAUCUACCUCCUCCAGGCCUAUCCACCUCCUCCAGUAUCCUCCAGGCCUAUCCACCUCUUCCAGGCCUAUCCACCUCCUCCAGUAUCCUCCAGGCCUAUCCACCUCUUCCAGGCCUAUCCACCUCUUCCAGGCCUAUCCACCUCCUCCAGGCCUAUCCACCUCCUCCAGGCCUAUCCACCUCCACCAGGCCUAUCCACCUCCACCAGGCCUAUCCACCUCCACCAGGCCUAUCCACCUCCACCAGGCCUAUCCACCUCCACCAGGCCUAUCCACCUCCACCAGGCCUAUCCACCUCCACCAGGCCUAUCCACCUCCACCAGGCCUAUCCACCUCCACCAGGCCUAUCCACCUCCUCCAGUAUCGGGUGCACAACCUCUACUGGGCCUAG